AUGUCCAAGUUAAUUAGAGACAUUGUUUGUUUAAUAUUGGAAGAAUUACAAGAUGAUGAAAAGACUCUUUGUUCAUGUCUAUCAGUUAAUAAAACUUUUUCCGAAAUAACGAUUCCGAUUCUAUGGAAAAAUCCUUGGAAAUUCUUAAAAGAGGGAAAUGAAAAAGAAAAAUCAUUAUUAAAUAUAAUAAUUUCACAUUUAUCAGAUGAGUCAAAAAAUAAUUUGAAUCAAAAAUGUUCAUUGAAAAUUUCCUAUCAGAGACCUUUGAUUAACUAUGUUAAUUUUUGUAAACAUUUAAAUUUAAAUGUAAUUCAAAGUAUAAUUAAUAAUGUUUUCGAUAAAUCUGAAGUAAUGAUUGUUAGAGACGAAAUACUUAAUCUUUUUAUUAAUGGAAAUACAAGAUUUACACAUCUAUAUAUACCUUAUAAAUUUGAUUAUCCAUUACAUCUUAUUUCUGGAGCAAAAUACUCACUUUCAGAUAUUGAAUAUCUUAGUUGUAACACUAAAAUGUAUGAUGAUAUAUUAUCUGGAUUAACAGGAAUAUGUAAAUCAAUUAAAGAAUUAGAACUUAUUAUUAAAGCAAAAUAUAGCAAUCAUGGAAUUGUUAAAUUAAUUGAUAACCAGAAAAAAUUAUUAAAAUUUCGUUUAUUAGAUAAUUAUAGACAAUAUCGGGAUGAAUCAUUUCGCGAGGCUCUUGAAAAUUCGUUGAUUAAACAUGCAGAUACAAUACAAUAUUUUAAGAUAACGAAACAACCUACAACUAAAAUUCUUUCAUCUUUUAUUAAUUUAAGAAUAUUAGAAUUGUAUAAUAAUAAUCAUGGGGCAUGUAAUUGUUUAGAAGAUAUAUCUUUACCUUCCUUACAAAUUUUAAGAGUUAAGCACGUUCCAAUCAAAUUUUUAAUAAGUUUGAUCGAAAAUACAAGUGGACAUCUCGUUGAAAUAAGUAUUUUUUCUUAUAUAGAUAAUAAUGAAAUUAAUAACAAAAGAAUUAUUCAAGUAAUUUAUCAAAAUAGUCCAAAACUUAAAUAUCUUAGAUUGAUGUUAAGAAGUAGUAAUAUUUUAGAAUUAGAAAAUUUAUUAGUUAGCUGUCAAAAUUUGAAUGGGUUAUUUAUUAUGAGUAUUACAGCAGAUAUGUUUGAUUGGAACAAAUUAUUUGAAAUAUUAACUAGUUCUUCACCAAUUAGUUUGUCUAAAUUUAAAUUUUAUAAUCAUUCAAUAUUCAAUUUAGAAUCUUUAAAAUUAUUUUUUGAUAAUUGGAAAGGUAGGAAUCCUAUGUCAUUACAAUUAAAUCAGAUGAUAGAUGAAGUAGAAUUGAUAGAAAAAUAUAAAGCAGAAAGAAUAAUUAAAGAAUAUCAUAAUUCUUUACGUAAUGAAGAAUUUGAAUGGAAUUAA